AGGACGUCGUGGACACCAUCGAGACCACGCCCAAGACCAACGGGACGGUGCCGGUGGAGCUCCACGUCACCAACCGCGAUUUCACCGAGGAGCUCAGGGACAGCUCCUCCCCUGCCUACCAGGAGUUCGUCAAGAACUUCACUGAGCAGAUGGACAGGGUCUACAAGGACAUCGAGGGCUACCAGGGCAUCGAGGUGCAGGAGCUCCUCAAUGGCAGCGUGCUGGUCCGUCACACCAUCAUCGUGGCCCUGCUGGUGACCACCCAGAGCCAGGAGAAGCUGCACAACAUCACGGUCAACGUGCAGGAGAAGAUCAAGGAGGGGGUCACGCAGUUCAACUGCACCGACGACAUCCUGUGCUUUGACUCCUCCCAAGUCACGGUCUCGGAAGGUCAACUCCAAUUCGACAAGGAAGCCUAUUGCCAGAGCCAGGCGCCUCAGGGGUACCAGGAGUUCUUCUUCCCCAACCUGACGAGCUCGGGGGUGUCCUGCAUGUCCAACUGCACGCCGGGCACCGCCAGCACCAUCGACUGCCACCGCGGCAGGUGCCAGCUCACCAGGACAGGCCCCCAGUGCUUCUGUGAGGACACCAACCUGUACUGGUACCAGGACAGCCGCUGCAGGUCGAGGGUCAGCAAGCUGGGCGUGGGCCUGGGCGUGGCCGUGGCCGUCCUGGCCGUCACCGUGGUCGUCCUGGCCGUCCUCCUGGCCCUGGCACGGAGGUCCCGCCGGUCCCAGGGGUAA